GCUGAACAGGAAAGAGAUGCGUCUGGGAGCAGGCGGAUGGACUAACCCAUUGCUCCUUGCAGCGGCCGGCUGCUGUUGCUGCCGCUGCUGCUGCUGCUGCUGCUGUUGUCGCUGUCGCUGUCGCUGCUGCUGCUGCUGUUGUCGCUGUCGCUGUCGCUGCCCCUGUCGCUGCCGCUGCCGCUGCCGCUGCAGGUUCCUGGAAGCUGGGGCCUUAGGGUUUCUGUUCCUGGGUACACCGGGACAGCAGUCCCAGGGCUGCUAUCAUCUUUUUCAGUAUGGCUUCUAGGCAGGUGAGCCGGGUUCGAGCCCCUUCAUCUACUGCAGAGGAACAGGUGGCUCUACAGACUGAAGAGGUUUUCCGAAGCUAUGUCUUCUAUCGCCAUCAACAAGAGCAGGAAAGUGAGGGAGAUGCUGUCCUUGCAGACCCAGAAAUGGACACCCUGCCACAAGAGCUCAGCAGCACCACAGAACAGGUGGGCCGACAGCUGGCCAUCAUUGGGGAUAACAUCAUUCGCAGGUAUAACUCAGAAUUUGAGGCCAUGCUGCAGCAUUUGCAGCCCACCCCGGAAACUGCCUAUGAGAGCUUCGUCAAGAUCGCCUCCAGCCUAUUUGAAAGCGGCAUCAACUGGGGCCGAGUGGUGGCACUGCUGGGCUUUGGCUACCGGCUGGCACUAUAUGUUUAUCGGAGGGGUCUGACUGGCUUCCUGGGCCAUGUGGCUCGCUUCGUGGCUGACUUCAUGCUCCAACACUUUGUCACCCGCUGGAUUGCCCAGAACGGGGGCUGGGUGGCAGCCCUGGACCUCUCCAACAACUCCAUUUGGAUGAAAAGGACAGCCCUGUGCUUCUGUGGCAGAGCAGCUGGACGGUGGUCACUCCAAGCUUCCAGGCAUCUUUCUUACCUGAGAGCCGGGGGUACAGGUCCCCUGCCCUAGCCUUCCAUGGUGCUUAUAGGCUCCUCUCUUUGAGAUCCAUGUCAUCGGGUCAGAGAGGAGAGCACAACUAUAUGAGCGUACAGCCUCCACCUCCUUCCCAAAAUAUUCAGACACACACAGACACACACACACAGGUACAUGCAUCUGUGAAAAGCCUCCAAAAUAGGGCCAUUUAACUUCUUGAUUCAUCUAGGGGAAAGAUGAUUAGAACUACUUAUUUCUGAGAAGAGUGCUUUAUUUUUUAAUAUUUUAUAUAUAUUUUUAAAAAUAAUUACUUAGAUUGCUUAUUACCUUCAUCUCCUUUCACCUUCUCCCUUCUCAAGGCUUAGAUCACUCUUGAUAAUGGGAGCAUCAUGUGAGUCAAUAGUUAUUAAAUACAAAUACCCCUCCCUUAGUGAAAUAUAAUGUCAGAGCCAGAACUGGAUUCCUAGACUCAAAGGAGCAGAGUUGGGAGGCCUUUAUUUUACUGAGGGGAAAACUGAGGUUCAGGAAGGAGAAUUGAAGAUACUACUUAACCCUGCUUUUCCUUAGCCUUGAUUAGGCUGCUCUUGUAACUAGCCAUUCUCUCAGGUUUCUUGGGCCUGUAGGGACUUUACCUCCCCAAAAAGAAAUUCCUCCCUCCCCCAGGUUUCUUGGCAACCCUUCAACUAGCUUGCUUCAGUUUUCUACUCUUCAACAUUGCAUUUUCUACUCUGUCCUCCCAUACUUGUCCCAAACCCUAUCACAACAAUCCCUUGGACUUCCCUUUCCUUCUCUUUCUAACACACUCCCACCCUGAUCACACCUCUAUUUUUGUUAGGCUUCAAGAUUAAAUAUAGAAGUUACUCCCUACAGGGUACUUAGGCCAAAGACUGGGAAGAACAGGGAGGGAGCUCCACCCUAAUCCUAUCUCUACAUUUUUAGGAUACUCCCUAAACUCACAAACAAGAGCCAGAUAGGCCCAGGGCACAGUGUAAUACCUGGGGUGGGCAUAGGAGACACUGAAAACUCAACUCUGCUCCCCAAUACUUCAGAACUGCCUACCUGAUAGGUGUCCUUGAGAAGCAUCUUAAAGCUAUUUGAUAAUAAAUGUGCAAUCCC